AUUUCUGUGAAAAUGUCAGUUCUGAUAUCACAGAGUGUAAUAAAUUAUGUGGAAGAAGAAAACAUUCCUGCUCUGAAAGCCCUUCUUGAAAAGUGCAAAGAUGUAGAUGAGAGAAAUGAGUGUGGCCAGACUCCAUUGAUGAUAGCUGCUGAACAAGGCAAUCUGGAAAUAGUGAAAGAAUUAAUUAAGAAUGGAGCUAAUUGCAAUCUGGAGGAUUUGGAUAACUGGACAGCACUUAUAUCGGCAUCAAAAGAAGGGCAUAUACAUAUUGUGGAAGAACUCCUUAAAUGUGGGGUUAAUUUGGAGCACCGAGAUAUGGGAGGCUGGACAGCUCUCAUGUGGGCAUGCUAUAAAGGCCGUACUGAUGUAGUAGAGUUGCUUCUUUCUCAUGGUGCCAAUCCAAGUGUCACUGGUCUGUAUAGUGUUUACCCAAUCAUUUGGGCAGCAGGGAGAGGCCAUGCAGAUAUAGUACAUCUUUUACUGCAAAAUGGUGCUAAAGUCAACUGCUCUGAUAAGUAUGGGACCACUCCUUUGGUUUGGGCUGCACGAAAGGGUCAUCUGGAAUGUGUAAAACAUUUAUUGGCCAUGGGAGCUGAUGUUGAUCAAGAAGGGGCUAAUUCUAUGACUGCGCUUAUUGUAGCAGUAAAAGGAGGCUAUACACAGUCAGUAAAAGAAAUUUUGAAGAGGAAUCCAAAUGUAAAUUUAACAGAUAAGGAUGGAAAUACAGCUUUGAUGAUUGCAUCAAAGGAGGGACAUACCGAGAUUGUACAGGAUCUACUCGAUGCUGGAACAUACGUGAACAUACCUGAUAGGAGUGGGGAUACUGUGUUGAUCGGUGCUGUCAGAGGUGGUCAUGUCGAAAUUGUUAGAGCACUUCUACAAAAAUAUGCUGAUAUAGACAUUAGAGGACAGGACAAUAAAACUGCUUUGUAUUGGGCUGUUGAGAAAGGAAAUGCAACAAUGGUGAGAGAUAUCUUACAGUGCAAUCCGGAUACUGAAAUAUGCACAAAGGAUGGUGAGACACCACUUAUAAAGGCUACCAAGAUGAGAAAUAUUGAAGUAGUAGAGCUGCUGCUGGAUAAAGGAGCUAAAGUAUCUGCUGUAGAUAAGAAAGGAGAUACUCCUUUACAUAUUGCUAUCCGUGGAAGGAGUCGGAAACUGGCAGAACUUCUUUUAAGAAAUCCAAAAGAUGGACGAUUACUUUAUAGACCCAACAAAGCAGGAGAGACCCCUUACAACAUUGACUGUAGCCAUCAGAAAAGUAUUUUAACUCAAAUAUUUGGAGCCAGACACUUGUCUCCUACUGAAACAGAUGGUGAUAUGCUUGGUUAUGAUUUAUAUAGCAGUGCCUUGGCAGAUAUUCUUAGUGAACCUACCAUGCAGCCCCCCAUUUGUGUGGGAUUAUACGCACAGUGGGGAAGUGGGAAAUCUUUCUUACUCAAGAAAUUAGAAGAUGAAAUGAAGACUUUCGCAGGACAACAGAUUGAACCUCUUUUUCAGUUUUCGUGGCUUAUAGUAUUUCUUACCCUGUUACUUUGUGGAGGGUUUGGCUUACUGUUUGCUUUUACCGUUGACCCAAAUCUUGGAAUAGCGGUGUCAUUGAGCCUCUUGGCUCUCUUAUAUAUAUUCUUUAUUGUGAUUUACUUUGGUGGACGAAGAGAAGGAGAGAGUUGGAAUUGGGCCUGGGUCCUCAGUACUAGAUUGGCAAGACAUAUUGGAUAUUUGGAACUCCUCCUCAAAUUGAUGUUUGUGAAUCCACCUGAAUUGCCAGAGCAAACUACUAAGGCUUUACCUGUGAGGUUUUUGUUUACAGAUUACAAUAGGUUGUCCAGUGUAGGUGGAGAAACGUCAUUGGCUGAAAUGAUUGCUACCCUCUCAGAUGCCUGUGAAAGAGAGUUUGGCUUUUUGGCAACAAGGCUUUUUCGAGUAUUCAAGACUGAAGAUACACAGGGUAAAAAGAAAUGGAAAAAAACAUGUUGUCUCCCAUCAUUUGUCAUCUUUCUCUUUAUCUUUGUCUGUAUUGUUGCUGGAAUUACUCUUCUGGCUAUAUUCAGAGUUGAUUCAAAACAUCUGACAGUGAAUGCUGUUCUGAUAUCAAUUGCAUCUGUAGUUGGGUUGGCCUUUGUGUUGAACUGUCGUACAUGGUGGCAAGUGCUAGACUCUCUCCUAAAUUCUCAAAGAAAGCGCCUACAUAAUGCUGCCUCCAGACUGCACAAAUUGAAAAGUGAAGGGUUCAUGAAAGUUCUUAAGUGUGAAGUGGAAUUGAUGGCCAGAAUGGCAAAAACUAUUGACAGCUUUACUCAGAAUCAGACAAGACUGGUAGUAAUCAUUGAUGGAUUAGAUGCAUGUGAACAAGACAAAGUACUUCAGAUGCUGGAUACUGUCCGAGUUUUAUUUUCCAAAGGCCCAUUCAUUGCCAUUUUUGCAAGUGAUCCACAUAUUAUUAUAAAGGCAAUUAACCAGAACCUCAAUAGCGUGCUUCGUGAUUCAAAUAUAAAUGGACAUGACUAUAUGCGUAAUAUAGUUCAUUUGCCUGUUUUCCUUAAUAGUCGUGGACUAAGCAAUGCAAGAAAAUAUCUUGUAACUUCAACAACAAAUGGGGACAUUCCAUGUUCGGAUACUACAGGGAUACAGGAAGAUGCUGACAGAAGAGUUUCACAAAACAGCCUUGGGGAGAUGACAAAACUUGGGAGCAAGACAGCCCUCAAUAGACGGGAUACUUACCGAAGAAGACAGAUACAACGGACAAUUACUCGGCAGAUGUCCUUUGAUCUUACGAAAUUGUUGGUUACCGAGGACUGGUUCAGUGACAUAAGUCCUCAGACCAUGAGAAGAUUACUUAAUAUUGUUUCUGUGACAGGGCGAUUACUGAGAGCCAAUCAGAUUAGUUUCAACUGGGAUAGGCUUGCUAGCUGGAUCAACCUCACCGAACAGUGGCCAUACCGGACUUCAUGGCUUAUAUUAUAUUUGGAAGAGACAGAAGGUGUUGCAGAUCAAAUGACAUUAAAAACAAUUUAUGAAAGAAUAUCAAAGAAUAUUCCAACAACUAAAGAUGUUGAACCACUGCUUGAAAUCGAUGGAGAUACAAGAAAUUUUGAAGUGUUUUUAUCUUCAAGGACCCCGGUUCUUGUGGCUCGAGAUGUAAAAACCUUUUUGCCAUGCACUGUAAACCUAGACCCCAAACUUCGGGAAAUCAUUGCAGAUGUUCGUGCUGCAAGAGACCAGAUUAAUAUUGGAGGACUUGCAUAUCCCCCACUACCUUUGCAUGAAGCUCCUCCUCGACCACCAUCAGGUUAUAGCCAGCCUCCAUCUGUUUGUUCUUCUUCUACUUCUUUCAAUGGACCGUUUGGAGGUGGCGUUGUGUCCCCACAGCCUCACAGCAGUUAUUAUAGUGGAAUGACAGGACCUCAGCAUCCAUUCUAUAACAGGCCAUUCUUUGCCCCAUACCUUUACACGCCAAGGUAUUACCCUGGCAGUUCCCACCAUCUCAUCUCACGUCCAUCAGUAAAAACGAGUUUGCCCAGAGAUCAGAACAAUGGCCUAGAAGUUAUCAAGGAGGAUGCUGCUGAGGGGCUUUCUUCACCCACAGACUGCUCAAGGGGGUCAGGCCCAACCUCUGGACCAAUAAUAUCGCUGAAUUCAAUGAAUGUGGAUGCAGUAUGUGAGAAAUUGAGACAAAUAGAAGGACUAGACCAGAGUAUGCUGCCUCAGUAUUGCACAACAAUUAAAAAGGCAAAUAUAAAUGGCCGUGUGUUAGCUCAGUGUAACAUUGAUGAACUGAAGAAAGAAAUGAAUAUGAAUUUCGGAGACUGGCAUCUUUUCAGAAGCACAGUACUAGAAAUGAGAAAUGCAGAAAACCAAGUAGUCCCUGAAGACCCACGUUUGCUUAAUGAAAACAGCAGUGGCCCAGUUCCUCAUGGUGAAUCUGCUCGUCGCCCUUCACACAACGAGUUGCCUCACACUGAGCUUUCCAAUCAAACUCCCUACACACUGAACUUCAGCUUUGAAGAACUGAAUACACUUGGCCUAGAUGAAGGUGCCCCACGUCACAGUAAUUUAAGUUGGCAGUCACAAACACGCAGAACCCCAAGUCUUUCAAGUCUCAAUUCCCAGGAUUCCAGUAUUGAAAUUUCAAAGCUUACUGAUAAGGUGCAGGCUGAGUAUAGAGAUGCCUAUAGAGAAUAUAUUGCUCAGAUGUCUCAGUUAGAAGGGGGUACAGGUUCUACAACAAUUAGUGGCAGAUCUUCUCCACAUAGCACAUAUUAUAUGGGUCAGAGCUCAUCAGGGGGUUCCAUUCAUUCUAAUCUGGAACAAGAAAAAGGGAAAGAUAGUGAACCAAAGCAAGAUGAUGGAAGGAAGUCAUUUUUAAUGAAGAGGGGAGAUGUUCUAGAUUAUUCAUCAUCAGGUGUUUCCACUAACGAUGCCUCACCCCUGGAUCCUAUCACUGAAGAGGAUGAAAAAUCUGAUCAGUCAGGUAGUAAACUUCUCCCAAGCAAGAAAUCCUCAGAAAGGUCAAGUCUCUUUCAGACAGAUUUGAAGCUUAAGGGAGGUGGACUGCGCUACCAAAAACUUCCAAGUGAUGAAGAUGAAUCUGGGACAGAAGAAUCAGAUAAUACUCCACUGCUUAAAGAUGAUAAAGAUAAAAAAGCUGAAGGAAAAGUAGAGAGAGUAUCAAAAUCUCCAGAACACAGUGCUGAGCCUAUUAGAACCUUCAUUAAGGCAAAAGAAUAUUUAUCUGAUGCACUCCUUGACAAAAAGGAUUCCUCAGAUUCAGGAGUGAGGUCCAGUGAAAGUUCUCCCAAUCACUCUCUUCACAAUGAAGCAGCUGAUGAUUCCCAGCUUGAAAAGGCAAAUCUCAUAGAGCUUGAGGAUGAUCGUCACAGUGGAAAACGGGGAAUACCACAUAGCUUGAGUGGCCUUCAAGAUCCAAUUAUAGCUCGGAUGUCCAUUUGUUCAGAAGACAAGAAAAGCCCUUCUGAAUGUAGCUUGAUAGCCAGCAGCCCUGAAGAAAAUUGGCCAACAUGCCAAAAAGCCUACAAUCUGAAUCGAACACCUAGUACCGUGACUCUGAAUAACAAUAGUGCUCCAGCUAACAGAGCCAAUCAAAAUUUUGAUGAAAUGGAAGGAAUUAGGGAUACUUCCCAAGUCAUUCUGAGGCCUGGUCCCAGUUCCAACCCAACUGCUAUUCAGAAUGAAAAUCUAAAAAGCAUGACACAUAAACGAAGCCAACGCUCAAGUUACACAAGGCUUUCAAAAGAUUCUUCAGAGCUCCAUGCAGUAGCCUCUUCUGAUAGUGCAUGUUUUGGAGAAGAAAGGGAAAGCAUUCUUUAAGAAAAAUAAGUGAAGUAGUAUUAUGCCCCCAUGGCACAAUUUUCCUGAGUUUUAUAGUGGAUCCAUCCAUGCACAUGAUCUUUGUGCAUUUCAUUCACAAAUAAUUAACACAUGAUAAGGUCUUUAUUAAAAGAGAGUAGAGGAAAGUAUAAGAAACGAUUCAUAAAUCAGCCUCCAUUGUGUUUGUAAUUAGAAGCUUGAAAACUCACUACUCUUCUUAUACUUUUCACUGGCACAUAACCCAAUAAAAUUUUUUUUGAUGAGAUCUGGUAUAAAAGUAGGUCAGAAAUACUAAAUUUAAAAGGUUCAGUUUAUCAAAGAAUAUUAAGAGCUAGAGAUUCUUUUUUAUAAGAUAUUCAUUCAUCAAAUAUUCAAAGCCCUGCUAUUUAGAAAACAUGGUGUAGGAUGAACCAGAAGCAAAUUUUGCCCUUAAGCAUUUUAAUCUUUUAGGUUGGAAUGGACAGAUUAUGAUGUAUUCCAGAGACUAAAGGUAAAUACUUGUAAAUUGAGAACCAGUGUUCUGUGUAACGCAAAUCACUUUGAAUAAAUAAUAUAUAAUAAAGAGGGCUUUGAAAAUUCAUCAGGAAGUGUGAAAACAAAUGAUGAGAAAGUGAGUCAACAGCGUUCAAAGUGGUUCCCCAGUAACUUUGGGCCAUUAGGAGCUACUAUGAGAGUGACCUGAGGAGAAUGGUCAGUAACCGCCAUAUUACGUGGAUGAUCUCUCAAACUCUCAGACUUGGCUUGUACCACCAUCCACUGUGCCCAAGAACCCACCCUAAUCUACUCUGCGACGCCUUCAAUUUUGUGCCCAACUUUUCUUAGUGAGACUAGCCAUGACUGUACAAAAGCAUGAAUUAUUUCUCUGGAGAGUCAGCGUAAUAAUAGGCACUGAUAAGUAUUUUGACAUGAGUGAGUGAGAAAAUAACUGUGUCGGAAAGGUCUAUGGCAAUUCAAGGAAAGAAUUAGGUAAAACUAAAUCAUUAGCUUCUUAUACAAGGCAGAGUUUAUCUACUUCAUCUGUUCCUAAAUCAGCAUUAUUAAUUUUGGAAAAGAAUCAUAAGAAAAAGAAACUUUUUUUUAAGAGUUAAAUGUAACAGAGCAAGGGUGAAAGAAGAUCUAACUUAUGUGAUUAUAGAACUUUGUAACUUUCUUUUAUUGUUAGCAGAAUUAAGAGAAUGAUCACAUUUUAAGUAUUUUGUGGGCUAGAAAUGUCCCCUUACCAUGCAGUGAAAAUAUUUAGUCUUUUUAACGUAGCUUUUGUUGAUGUAGAGUUAAUUCUGGCAUUAUAUUCUAAGUCACGCUAGAAAGGAUUUUAGAUGAUGGGUUGUAGAUGUAUGAUGAUCUGAAUUUAGUGUUAUACUUGUAUGUGUCUCACUUAGUGGAGUUUUAUUAAUAUACUGAAUAAAUUAUUUACUUGACUAGUCAUUGCACUAAAUAGUUGCUCUCCUGUGUUUCACUGCCUUGAUGUUUGAGUGUAACCUAAAAAUUUCAUAAAGUGUUUAUUUUGCAUGACCUUUAAGAAAUGUUUUAACCAAUUUUUUUAAAACGUAGGAUGUUAUUGAUAUUAUACAUUGAAAUGUUAAAAUGUUCGUAUUUAUAGUGUUUAUUAGUUUAUAAUAUUGUAUAACUAGUAAUUGUUUCAGAAGCAAUAUUUUGUUCCUUGUCAGGUGAGUAGAUGGAGUUUAAUAUCACUGCAGUACACUCAUUUAUACUGUUUGUGAAAUCAGUACUAGAGUAUUAAGUGUACAAAUAGGUUUAGAAACCAAUAAAAAGAAAGCAUGCU